UAUACGAAAACGUUAAGACUGAUAAUAAUUGAAUGACCUUGCUACUUUGUUGUGCGACCCAUAUAAUUUAUGUCAAGAGCGUUGGUUUUGUUUUCGUCUUACUUUAUUCCUCAGCUAGUAAAGGAUAAUGGACCUUACCUUGUCUCAUUACUCUCAUGACUCAUAUCUGAAGACACUAUAACUAAAAGGGCAAAACCCAUGAAAAUGUGAAAGUGUUCGACCGGCGGAUGAAUACAGCCUGUAAUAACAACCUAUACGAUUGGUGACUGCCCAUAUAUCUACGGGCAGCGCCUCUCUGCAAGUAGCCUCGAUGGCGGCAACAGUUUUGUGUACAUUCUAUUACUGGUACUCCUUCUUGGAAUGUUUCCAAACAUUAUGAGGCUAACGUUGGCACGUCAUCAGACGUAGGCCCUGUUGAUCAGUGCCAAGAACAUAUCGAACUACCCGGCCUCAGCCAUACUUCCCACUCCUGGGAGUAACGGGGAGAGGGCCCGUCCUCCUAAGGGAAUUAGGUUGAGAUCAACUCAUUUGAGAUUCUCUCUGAUGCUCGAUUAUACAGCCAACAGAGUAAAAUGGCUGAAGUUGGCGGGAAGCAGGCCACGAGAAGUCAAAGUCAUGACUCAGACGACAUCCUGUGGCGGCUGGCAGGUGAGCUUGGAGUGAGCUGGAAGACGAUUGGUCGGUACAUCGGCUUUAGCGAAGCGACACUACAGUAUCUGCAAAUGAAUAAUCCCACGGAUGCUCAUGAGAGGGCGUACCAAAUGCUGCUGCAGUGGAAGAACAAAACAGUCCCGUCUGAGCGUGAGGAGCUACUGCGUGAAGCAGUUAAGGAAGCAGGAAGACGAGAUCUGAUGCCUUUCGUUAACAACAUCACAGGUCAGCGGACAUCUCUUAGAAGCGCUGCUAAGAAUGUAGAGUUCGACAAGCAAUAUUUCAUCAAAACACUAAAGAACUUUGUCAGCUUGAAGUUGAGCAAGGUCCCCCUUGUUCCAUGGAUCACCACCGGAUGCAUUCUUAUCGAUAAUGUUUUCACCAAUGUCCAACUCCUCAUCAGCAUUAUGGACGCGUAUUUCCCCAUUAGAGUUCCCCUCAAGUCGUACAAUGCCAUCUUCAGGGACAUUAACUAUGAAGCUGACGAACUCAUUGACUACUGUGGCAAGCGUGUACUGAUAAGGGGUCGGACUGGAAGUGGGAAAACAACCUUAUUGACCAAGUACGCCUACGAUUGGAGCACUGGUAAGCCUGAAGCGUUGCUGCGCAACUACGACGUCGUACUCUUUCUGCCCAUGCGCAAGCUGGAUCAACACAGCGAUCUUGGUCCAGCGGUACUAGAUCAGAUGCUUCCAAAUGAGCGUCGCAUCACCCCAGCUGCAAUUGAGUAGUAUUGUGAAGACUAUCCCGACGAAGUGGUCAUCCUCUUGGAUGGAUAUGAUGAAUUCAAGGGAAAAGGUCUUGACCAAGAAGAUUGUGGUAACAUCGUGAAAAUGCUCCGAGGUGAAUGGCUGACUGAAUGUCGUGUUGUUGUUACCACUCGGCCAGGACGUGUGGAUGAUUUCAAGGACGACUAUGAGAGCUACCGGCAUCUGGAAAUAACAGGUAUCACCUCUAAAGACAUUGAUGACUAUGUCCACAAAAUUUUUAGGGGUAAGAACAAACCACUGGGAGACAAGUUGCUGGCGUACCUCAAAGAUAAUCAUUUGAAGGAAGAGUUCGCUUCCAUUCCACUCAUGCUGACCGCAUUGUGUCAGUUGACUAAGUUAACUAGAGGGAAGAAAUUUGACGAAUUGACCACCAUCAGCAAAUUGUUCGAUACCCUCAUUGAAUGUGUAUUCAUACACGAAAACAGUAAAACGGCCAAGAAGAGGUCUUCGUCAGGAGAUACCGUAUCAGAGGUAUUCGAACCAGAGGAAUUGGUUCUUGAGCUGGGGAAGGUCGGACUGGAGGGCUUUCUUGGCGGGGUCGCAGAGGAGCUGAUCUUCUCCGAAGAAGACUUUUACCGUUGCUCCAAUCAAGUAAAAGUCUUGGAGCAAGGUUUACGGAUUGGGUUUCUUUCAAGGGACGCUGAUUCGAGCAUUCGACCACAGACUUACCAAGAACUCCAAAUAAAAGGUCACAAACCUUCAACCAAGCGAGACAUUUCUUUCAUCCUAAAGAGCAUUCAAGAAAAAUGUGCAGGGAAGUAUCUGGCACAUUUGCUGGAAGGUGGCAACGAAGACUCGUUCACAAAUUAUCUUCAAAAGGUCAACACCGACCUGCGUGUUUUGGACUACACUAACAUUCUAGUCUUUGCAAGUGCUUCUAGCAUUGAGGCUGCUCGGCGCAUUUUGCCACAUGUGAUUGGUUUACUCAGGGACACGCAAGGCCAAAACAUCUCACUGUACUUGAGCGGGAAGCUGCACUUCAAGCAUUGUCAGAAAAUACAACGUCUAAUCGAAACGUGCCUCCAGCUGAACUUCGAGAGCAAGAGUGAAGGUCAUUUCAACCAUCUGUUUAACUCUCUCUUUGGUGACAGCAGUUGCGUUCGUUUGGUUGGUAUGUCUACCUAUGUGGCUAAAGCUCUUGGCUAUCUUUUUGGCCAUAGUCGCCCAAACACAUCCCGCCAAGAUACAAGCGAGGAAUACUAUCCACCCGAAGGAAUGCAGUGUCUGUCUGUCAAGAGGCUUCAAUUGAUCUGCAUCAAGUUGGACAUUGGUAGACAGUUUCGAGAAUUUCUGAAUUGUUAUCCUGGUACCGAGGAAGAAAUCAGCAACUUCAUGAGAGACAGUUUGAAGAAUGAAAUUAACAUCUCGAGCAUCCGGAGUCAGCUACAGACAAGCGGGCAGAAUAUUCCAAGAUACCUCGACGAUCGUCCAGACCUGGACUUUGUCGCAGUAGCUCCCAUAUGGCAGGAGUUGAGUAAACAUCAAGUAAACGAGUUCAGUUUCAGGUUUGUCCUAUCUGGCUUGAAGGAGUCUUCGCUGGACGAACUGACCUUGAACGGAGUGACUGCAAAACGAGAGGACUGGGGCGACUUGCUCAAGAUGAUUGAAGACGGCGAAUUCUCCAAGAUGAUGAGGCUGACACUAAGUUUGAACGGUCUCACAUUCGAACAAACAGCCCACCUUGCGACCGCUCUGAAGGCGACACCAAUCCUGAAAGAACUGAAGGUUUCCGGAAAUGAGUUGGGAGAAGGGUUUGCUGAAAACCUGCCGAAGAUUCCGCAGCUCCAAAGUGUUGUUUUAGACAAACUAGAGUUGCCGUCCGGAGCGAUGGUUGCAUUCAUUCAGAAACUUCUUGAUCAGUACCCUUACCUCCAGAAACUAGAUCUGCGGCGGAAUGAGAACACUGACGAUGAUGCUAUUCAAGCUAUUUGUGACAAUAUGAAAUGCUGGCAAAACUGGAAGGAAUUAAGACUUUCGCUGUACAAGGUUAGCGAAGUUGGGCUCGACAACCUCCAGAGAUCCAUCCGAUCGGCCGAUGGUUUGACUCAUCUCAAUCUUGUGCACUCUCCAAUCCCAGUCAAGGUAAUUCAGUAUUGUACCUCGGCGUUAUCAAGCCUACCUCAGCUGGUUGACCUGAGAAUAUCGGGCAUCCCGACAACCAUCUCUGAAGAAGACUCAUCUUGCACUGCGCAUACCGUGGAGGCAUUUACGAGUGAAAUCCACAAGCUGCAACAUCUGAGCUUUCUAAGCAUCCUCUACACGAAGAUGGAACCAAGGGCCUUCAUUGGAAUGCUCAACGGUUGUCGGGAACACUCCCCUCUCAAGACAUUCAGGUUUUCCCGCCCCUGUUUGCCAUCGGAUCCUGAUGUUCAGACUGCAUGCAAAGAAGCAGAAACCACAUUUCUCCGACUGUGGGUGUAAUAGCUCCGUUUGAUUCAAACUAUGGGACAGAGAGCACCCCCGCUUUUGUGUUGGUCAUUGUUAUACUGGUAUCUCAGGAAUUCUUUUCCGACAUCUAGAGGGAUGUGUUAAUUAACAAUAGGCUGGAGCGUGUAUAGGAUUGGACUUGUUUAGGGGGUAUCCCUCUGUUCCAUUUCCUAGCUACCAUGCCUAGCUACGUAUGCUCAAGCAUAGAGGAAGGAUACUGGAGUUUGACUGCCCGGGCUAUAACAUCUGGCCAAUUACCGUUAUUGGCAUGCCCGGUAUGCCCAUAGCUAGAGCGCAGCGAAUGCUUGCUACGCACCAUCUGUUUCACAACCACAAGACCCCUUUGUACCCUAUGAUCACCGCCG